CUUCUUCGGAAGAGCCACACUUGCCGGCGUCAAAAAUUGUAAUUAUUUGUUUUUUCCGUCAUUAGCAUUAAGUUUAAAGUUUAAAAUUAGUAUGACGACGUGGGGCAAUAUCUGCCGCAUCUGCAGCAGCCCCGCAGAGUAUGAGAUUUUUGCCAAGAUUCCCAUUUACUUGCACGGCUCCACAAACGAGUUCCUUAACUGGCAGAAGCCUAUAAACAUAAUGCUCGAGGAGACGACAGGCCUGAAAAAUUCGGCGGAUGACGGCCUGCCGCGCCACAUAUGUGCUCCAUGCGUCUCGUAUCUUAAGCACGCCGUCACAUUCCGGGAGCAGUGCAUCAAAAAUGCCCUCAGUCUGAAGCUGGCCGAGCUCUACCAGCAGAAGAGGGUCAACAUCUCUGAUGCGAACAAGAUGGACAAGGAGAGUGCCCUCUUCACGGCAGAGGAUCUGCGCUAUGUGGAGCAGCGACCCGUGCACAAUCUGCUGCUGAAUAAUAGCUCCAAGGUGGAUGCCUCCAAGGACAAGGUGCACAAAAGGCUGCUAAACCAGACGGCUCCCCAACUGGACGGCAGUUCUGAGCAGAGGAUCCAGUACCUCAACGUGCUGUUCAACAAGCAGCAGCACCAUCACAAUACCUUGCCAAGACAUUCCCAAGAUGCGGAACUGCCCACGGGCAGUGGACAAAACGAGAACGAGGAUGAUGACUAUGCGGUGGCCAGUUCCAGUGACGACAACGAGGAGGCCGCCCUGCUGCGCAAGCACAAGAACUGCUACAACUACAGCGAGACCAAUUUCGAGGAGGACGAUCCCAUGGAGCAGGACCAGCUGCAACUGCGUGACAUCAAGGUAAACAUACCGGAGCCCAUGUGGAAGGAGCGCAAGUGUCCGGCCUGCUCCAAGCGCUUCAUGUUCGAGGACUCGCAGCAGUCACAUCUGGACAACUGCGUCGAGUACCAGUUCGUCACUUUUGUCGCCGAGGUGACCAAACUGCUGGAGAUUAGACGGCAAAAGAUGGUUUCACCUCACGAGUUUAUCCGCCGCAUGAUAUUCGCCCUGCACAAAACCUGCACCUGGCUGCAGGAACAUUCCAUAGACUCGCUUCUAGCCGAGAAGCUUAACCAGGUUAAGGUCUCCAAUGGCGAGAAGACGGCUGAGGCGACAAUUCCCGCAGAGAUUCCCGAAACCCGUCCGGUGGAGGAACAGUCCUUUGCCUUGUUUGACUUUGUGAGCGGUACGACAACUCCGAUCACAGAGGAGAAUAAUCUGUUGUACGCCAUUGCGCGCUCAGAGAGCCGCAACUCGCAGUGCACACCCACGGUGAAGAAACCCAUUCCCAUUCGCGGAGUGGCCGCAGGCCCAUCGCUGGGCUUGGGAAUUGGAUUGGACAAGCACAAGGAGCGGGCUACGUUCCUGGAGAAACUGCAACGGGCUGUAGUCUCUCCCGGCACGGUCAACUCCCAGGGACAAGCCCCCAUAUUCUCAGCGCGUUGCGGGCACUGCAAUUUAGUAUUUGACUCGGUCUCCGACCUGGAGAACCACAAUCACAAUGCCCACAGGGGCAACGAACUGAACGCUGACGACGAAGCCAAGCGGCGUCACAUAAUCGCCCUCUUCGAAGAUGACAUCUAAGUUUACCAAAAAACUAUUUUGAUGCAUUGUGGCUGUAUAUGUUCUUCGACUUUAUAAUCUCGUCCGCCACUUAGCGUCUCUGUUUUUGUCACAUUUUUUUUGUUGAUUAUGUAAACUAAUUUAUUUUAUUUUGUUUUUUACCAGCAUAACCGUAAACAUGUUUGUUUCACAUUUACAAAGACUCAAAGCCAGUGGCUUGAAUUCUAUAGGUAUAUUCAGACCAAUAAAGAGAUUUGCAAGACUUGUCCUUAA